AUGCCGAGGGUGAUGACAGUUUUGACCAUGCUGAGUGUAGUGAUGGUAAUGACAAUGCUGAGUGUGUUGAGGGUGCUGAACAUACUGAGUGUAUUUUGGUGCACACCAUGCAAUGGGAGGGGCGGUUACCAAGCAGAGGGUGCUGACCAUGCUGAGUGUGUUGACGGUGCUGAUCAUGAUGAGUAUGUUGAUAAAGCUAACCAUGCUGAGGGUGUUGACAGUGCUGACCAUGCUGAGAUCUUUGAUGGUCCUAACCAUGCAGAGGGUGAUAAUGGUGCUGACCAUUCAGAGGGUGUUAACGGUGCUGACCAUUCAGAGGGUGUUAACGGUGCUGACCAUUCAGAGGGUGUUAACGGUGCUGACCAUUCAGAGGGUGUUAACGGUGCUGACCAUUCAGAGGGUGUUAACGGUGCUGACCAUUCAGAGGGUGUUAACGGUGCUGACCAUUCAGAGGGUGUUAACGGUGCUGACCAUUCAGAGGGUGUUAACGGUGCUGACCAUUCAGAGGGUGUUAACGGUGCUGACCAUUCAGAGGGUGUUAACGGUGCUGACCAUUCAGAGGGUGUUAACGGUGCUGACCAUUCAGAGAGUGUUAACGGUGCUGACCAUUCAGAGAGUGUUAACGAUGCUGACCAUUCAGAGAGUGUUAACGGUGCUGACUAUUCAGAGGGUGUUAACCGUACUGACCAUUCAGAGGGUGUUAACCGUGCUGACCAAUCAGAAGGUGUUAACCGUACUGACCAUUCAGAGGGUGUUAACGAUGCUGACCAUUCAGAGGGUGUUAACGAUGCUGACCAUUCAGAGGGUGUUAACCGUACUGACCAUUCAGAGGGUGUUAACCGUGCUGACCAUUCAGAGGGUGUUAACGGUGCUGACCAUUCAGAGGGUGUUAACCGUGCUGACCAUUCAGAGGGUGUUAACCGUGCUGACCAUUCAGAGGGUGUUAACCGUGCUGACCAUUCAGAGGGUGUUAACCGUACUGACCAUUCAGAGGGUGUUAACCGUGCUGACCAUUCAGAGGGUGUUAACCGUGCUGACCAUUCAGAGGGUGUUAACCGUACUGACCAUUCAGAGGGUGUUAACGAUGCUGACCAUUCAGAGGGUGUUAACCGUGCUGACCAUUCAGAGGGUGUUAACCGUGCUGACCAUUCAGAGGGUGUUAACGAUGCUGACCAUUCAGAGGGUGUUAACCGUGCUGACUAUUCAGAGGGUGUUAACCGUGCUGACCAUUCAGAGGGUGUUAACCAUACUGACCAUUCAGAGGGUGUUAACCGUGCUGACCAUUCAGAGGGUGUUAACCGUACUGACCAUUCAGAGGGUGUUAACCGUGCUGACCAUUCAGAGGGUGUUAACGGUGCUGACCAUUCAGAGGGUGUUAACCGUACUGACCAUUCAGAGGGUGUUAACCGUGCUGACCAUUCAGAGGGUGUUAACCGUGCUGACCAUUCAGAGGGUGUUAACGAUGCUGACCAUUCAGAGGGUGUUAACGGUGCUGACCAUUCAGAGGGUGUUAACGAUGCUGACCAUUCAGAGGGUGUUAACGAUGCUGACCAUUCAGAGGGUGUUAACGGUGCUGACCAUUCAGAGGGUGUUAACGGUGCUGACCAUUCAGAGGGUGUUAACCGUACUGACCAUUCAGAGGGUGUUAACCGUGCUGACCAUUCAGAGGGUGUUAGCCGUACUGACCAUUCAGAGGGUGUUAACGAUGCUGACCAUUCAGAGGGUGUUAACGAUGCUGACCAUUCAGAGGGUGUUAACCGUGCUGACCAUUCAGAGGGUGUUAACCGUACUGACCAUUCAGAGGGUGUUAACGAUGUUUACCAUUCAGAGGGUGUUAACGAUGCUGACCAUUCAGAGGGUGUUAACGAUGCUGACCAUUCAGAGGGUGUUAACGGUGCUGACCAUUCAGAGGGUGUUAACGGUGCUGACCAUUCAGAGGGUGUUAACGGUGCUGACCAUUCAGAGGGUGUUAACGAUGCUGACCAUUCAGAGGGUGUUAACGGUGCUGACCAUUCAGAGGGUGUUAACGGUGCUGACCAUUCAGAGGGUGUUAACCGUGCUGACCAUUCAGAGGGUGUUAACAGUGCUGACCAUUCAGAGGGUGUUAACCGUGCUGACCAUUCAGAGGGUGUUAACCGUACUGACCAUUCAGAGGGUGUUAACCGUACUGACCAUUCAGAGGGUGUUAACCGUACUGACCAUUCAGAGGGUGUUAACCGUGCUGACCAUUCAGAGGGUGUUAACCGUGCUGACCAUUCAGAGGGUGUUAACCGUACUGACCAUUCAGAGGGUGUUAACCGUGCUGACCAUUCUUAG